AUGACAAGUUUUCGUAUCAGGAAAGUCGAAUCAACUUUCUCGUCAGUUAGACGACCAAAAAGAGGUAACAAGCCAAAAUUACAAAAAACAAUUUUAAUUGCAAUCCCUAAUUCUGUGGAAUUUCGCAAUUAUGAAUCAAAUAAAUUAUACCGGAAAGUUAUCAUGCUACAAAACGUGAGCAAUUCUUCGGCCAGAUUUCAAUUAAUGACAAGACCUAAUUAUUCUCAAUUCACUGUCAUGAUCGAACCUAAAACACAAACAAGGAAUAUUUCUCCAGGGAUGCAUAGAAAAUUGAUUAUUUUCUUUCGUGGCGAUAUCUUGGACGAACCUGAUGAAACGUUAAUAAUAAAUGUGCAACAAGGACGUUCGGUGAUUAUUAAAUUACGCGGAUAUCGAGAUCCACCAUUAUUGAGAGUGAUUAAUAUCCCCUAUUUCCAAUAUUCAUUGAAAGAACUGCAAAUAAUGAUAAAAGAUACGAAAUGGAUUAUAGAAAUUCCAUAUCGAAAAACGGAUUCUUACGAGAAAUUUACCGACACAGAUAAGAGUGCAUCAGAUACAUCUAUAGAAAGUAUAACGCGAUAUAGAAAAUUGAAGAGCUUUGACUGUGGGGAGUGUCUAGUAGGUGAACAAGUUACCUUACCCCUGAUGAUUAAAAAUAUCGGGGGCGAGGGAAGGUUCUUUAUUAUGAGCGAAAUAGAUUGGAGUUCGAUGCACAUCGAGGAUGUUAUUAACAAUAAUAUACUGAUUUUACCAUCUUUUGCUAUAUGGCCUGUGUAUUUUAUCCUCAAACCACAAGAACAUAUAUGUCUGUACCUCUACUUCUUUCCUGAUGCUCAUGGAAUGCAUGUAAAUUAUAAUGCAAAUACUAAAUAUGGAAAGGUCUCAACUCAGGUGGAAACAUUAUAUACGAUUUGCAACAAUUGUUCCGUGGUAACAACAGAGAUCAUUGGAGAUGGAAUCAUGUACGAACAAUAG